UAAAAAUACAACUAGUUUGGAGUAUUUGUCAACUGUUUUAAUUUAACAAGAAACAUGCAAUGAUCCAUCUUCUUCCACAUUCAUUCUCUCCUUCUCCUCCUUCUUCCUAGCUUUCUCAAAGAACCAAGAAGGCAAGAAAACAGUUUCCGCAUCCUGCAUUGACAUAUAGAAGCUUAUAAUCUCAUGGCGAAAAGGCUCUGUUUCAUUGUCAUUCUAUCAUUGUGUCUUCUAACUUUCAAUCUCACGCACGCUGAGGAGGAGGAGGAGUCUCUCUCACCGGCUAUCCCACCAGAAUCAGAUUCAUCUCCAUCACCACCAGAAGCGGAUACCCUUCCACCACCACCGUCAUCACCAAAACCUGAACCCUUAGCAGAUUCUCCUCCACCACCUCCUCCUUCACAAUCUCCAUCAUCUUCAUUACCAAAACCUGAACAAUCGCCAGUUCCUACACCGUCAGAGGAAGAAUCCAAUGAGGACUCAGAGCCGGAGACAGAGUAUUUCCCUUCUCCAAGACCGUCUCCUGCGCCGGAAGAGCGGAAACCAGACGAUAUCAAAGCAAGCGAGGAUGGUGAUGAGGUCGAGAAAGAAGAAGAUAGCGGUGGGAUGAGUGGAGUGAAGAAAGCUGGGAUCGCCAUUGGAGUUAUAUUUGGAGUCGGAGCGAUUGUAGUGGGAGCUAUUGUUUACAAGAAACGUAGAGAUAACUUGACCAGGGCUCGUUACACUUACUUCCAAGGAGAGUUUCUUUAAACUGCUUUCUUGUUUUUUUUUUUUGGGAUUAAGAAACAUAUAUAAUCUUUCUUUACAUUGUUGUUUUUGGUGGUGCUACAUGAUGUAUCUUUCAUCUCUUAGUAGAGUUUAUAUUAUUAUAUGUUACCUCUUAAGGAGCAUUACCAUGUUCUAGUGGUCAGGAAUGUGAGAGUUAUAAACAUUUUUCAAGAACUUUCAUAAUUUUUUUUUUGGUGCAUAAUUUAGGGGUCUCUAUACCUAUGUUUAUAACCUCUAAAAGUGCUAAAAGGCCAAGACUAAUGUUUCGCUAAAUUAUGCUCAGAUCCUUGUUUGAGCCUAAGGGGAGAUGUUUUUUUGAGUUAUGUUUGAGUUUGUACUUCCUGUCUUUUUAAGUAUAAUUGUGA